UUAAUGUGUAAGUGCCCGGCCUAUGUCUCACUAAUGUAGCUGUAUUUCCAAUGGAUACAUGUCAUAUCAAAGUGGAAUCUAUCAAGGGGAAUGGGAGAGGUUUGGUUGCCACCAAGGAUUUUAAACCUGGGGACACGGUAUUGGUUGAAAAGCCUUAUGCAUUCUGCUUGUCUCGCUCAUAUGAAGGAAACAGAUGUGAUUACUGUUUCUCAAACAAAGAGGAUCUCCGUCGAUGUUCUCAGUGUAAACACCAGAGAUACUGUAAUACAAUUUGCCAGAAAGCUGCUUGGAACUUACACAAACACGAAUGCAAGAAUCUUCUGAAAUUGACGACAAAUGCAUUUACACUGAGACCGGAAGCGAUUCUAUUAUUAACCAGACUUCUCCGUAAAAUAGAGAUAGAGAAGAAAGAAGGUAGACAGCCAGAAAAGACUGAUGGAUUUCCGCAAAGUAUUAACCAUCUAAUAGAGAUUUAUGAACUUUGGGAUGAACAACAGAAAGUACGUUGCGAAUUUGAACGUAGGCAGUUGGAAUUAUUUCUUGGAAAGAAAAUAAUAAAACAAGAAUUCAAUCAGCUUGCCAGUCGAGUAUACUGCAACGCAUUGUUUAUCGCUGGCCCAAACACAGAUGCUCUUGGACCGGGAAUCUAUCUCAAAGCAUCUUUAAUCAACAAUAGUUGUGAUUUCAAUUCAAUUACGGUAUACGAUGGCACCACACUCAGCUUACGAGCAACAAGACCGAUCAUCAAAGGACAGGAGAUUACCAUAUCAUACCUAAGUCCGUUGCAACCUAGUAAUAUCCGACGAAAAAUGCUACAAGAGAAAUAUGGUUUUAAUUGCACAUGCCCUCGUUGUGAGAAUAAGGAAGUUGAUGCAAAAAUGCAAAGCAUCGUCUGUGAGAAAUGUAAAGGUCAGAUACUUAGGAAAAAAUAUAAGACAUUUAUGAAAUGCAGUGUUUGUGAUCAGUUGCCGUCUCAAAAACAUGUGUCUGCUAUAUUGGCUAUUGAGACUGAGAGCAUUAUUUUUGUAGAAGAAACAAUAAAAUUGCAGCCAAUCAGUGAUAGACAAUUUGCAUAUGCUUUAGACCUGAGCAGAAGACAAAAAUGCUUUCUACAUCGACUGCAUUAUCUCCGUGCUAAAACCUUCGACAGAGUGGGCCAUAUUUUAAUUAAUAUGAACAACUUCAAAGAUGGUAUUCCUAUGCUUGAAGAAGUUAUAUUGACUUACGAAAGUUUAUAUCCUCCUUAUCAACCUUUAAUUGGAAUAUAUUGUGAAAGACUGGCCGUUGUCUAUAUGCAAGUUUUGAGGUUUGAGGAAGCUCGCAAACGCCUCAUUCAGGCACUUGCAGCAUUGAAAAUUACCCACGGCGAAGGUCACCCUUUCUAUCGGGAAACAAGUAAAACACUUCAGGGAGUAGUAUGGACGCUUUCAUAGUGUCUCACUGUCGUUUGUAUGUGUCCCUUGUCUGCACGGUUUGAAAGUUGUGUGGGCCCGGUAAGCAGUUGCGAGCGGAGCGAGGGCCUCGGUUGGGGUCCAGGGUCUCUAAGGCCCUCGAAAAAUAAGCAUUUUUUUACAUUUUGCGUGCCUUUUUAUAAUGUAAUCUUACCAGUCCAAUCAAAAUGGACAACCACAAUGAGGUAACCAAAAGCCAACAUGUGAUCCAUACCCAAAGUCGACCUGUUGUAUCGUUGAAAUCAAUAUUCAGAAACUUUUUGCAAAUUAUUGGUGGGGCAUACAAUAAAAUUGGCCCACCCACUAAAACUUAUGAGUAUGGGCCUAAGCCUGUACCACCGCCAAUGCAUUUCUGUGGAUUUCACUUAGUUCAAAUACAUUAAAUGAAAGGAGAGUUACUAAAUAUUCACUUUGACGUAUAAUUAUAUGUGCUUGUUACAAAUUUAAAUAUUUAAUUGAUAUACCGUACUGUACUAUGAAUUUAUGACUAUAAGCAUGCUUUAAAAAAAUAUAACCAAUUGAGGCAUCAUUUCAUAAAUACACUGACAUAUAAUGAAAGACUCUGUCAGAACCUAUGUAUAAAAAUAUAAUAUCAAUCAUCAAUAUCAAAAAUAUAAUGUCAGUCAUUUCUAUUUCAUUACGAAGUCUGGAAUCCGUGAAGUACAAACACCUGGUUAUCACGUACAUUGGCUAUGGUCAUGUGAAAAUUAAUUGAUAGGGAAAUGUGCUUUGGUAUAAUUAAUUAUAGUUAAUGUUGUUGUAUAAAAUAACUUUUUGAAAAAGACGACUUAGUAGACUUAUUAUGCAUGCCUGAAACAAAUUUAAUCAUAACCGAUGAUGGAUAAAUAGGCCUAUGUAUUUCAGUUGGUAUGUAUGUGUAAAAAUAUUAUUAGUAAAAAUAUAUAGAUGUAAACAAUAUUUAAGCUAUUAUCUUUGUAAUAACAGGGUUUUUUAAUUCAUUUUAUUAACAUUUAAUAAAAGUAUAUACAGUAAGUAUUUUUCUUAUUAUCGAAAUAAAUAUAUAAAGCUUGUUAAAAAUGUCAUUAAACAUGCCAAUAAACAGAUGGGCCUCUCACGAUUAAUUAUUACGGGCCUAAGUAAUACGGUAGCUUUUGCAAUAUUGAAAUUCCUAAGUUAUAAUAUAGGCCUGUGAGGCUCCUGUAUUAAUUCUAUGGAUGGGUUGUUUUUUUUUAUCCAACCGUUUACAAUGUGUUAGGUAUUCAAAUACUUUGUCAAAAUGUGAAGAACUCUCCGGUGUUCCUCAAGGAACCGCCCGUGGCCCAGUAAUUUUUUAUGUGUCUUAUAGUUAAUAAAGAAGCUCGAAUUGACGCGUAUUAUAAUGACAUUAACAUGAUAAAAACGAUAGUUGGAAAUACUUCCAUCAACCAGUAUCCAGUAUCCAAAUUGAUUUAGAAGACUUUCAUGUGGGUUGAUGUUAAUCAAAUGUCCCCUAAUCCAUUCAAAUGCAUGUAUAUGAAUGUCACCUUUGCGGAAAUCCCACUGUUUUACCACUAAAAUUAUGUGGACAAGAUCUGCAAUGCGUAAACAUGCUCAAGAUUCUUGUUUUCAAAAUUACGAAAGACGUUAAAUGGGACGCCUACGUUCCGUGACAUUCGUAAGUGUGCAAGUUCCAGGAUUAUUAUUUGUAUAUAAAUUAAAUUCAAUACAUUGAAUGAAUUAAAGAAAAGACGUGAAAUUUGUUACAAUUUUGCGAAAUCAGUAAUGAUGUCUUACGAAUUCCGUAGCUGGUUACCGAAAUUAAGAUCGAAGUGGUACCUCCCCCAGAAAUGGCAAUUAACUAUCUAUGCCUAAGGUCCGUACGGAAAGCCCAAUUCCGUUCUUGGUCAUAUUGUUUAAUGAAAAAUGUAUUGUUUGUUCAUUCCGGCUUGUCGUUUUUCUGCUUUUUGAAUUGGCAUUCUGCAUAUAAUUGCUUUUCGCCUUAUUAUAUGUGUUUGCGAUGAUUUUAAUGUUAAUAUUGCGUUCAUUCAGAUUUUGCUGUG